AAGAGUUGAAGCAGCGUCGUGAACCGGAAGGGACGGAGCGGGCGUCGUCGGACCGGGUCUGGCCGCUGCCACAUCUCGGGGUGCAGAGCGCCGGGACGCGCAAGGCGGGGGAUGUCCCGGCUGCGCUCAGCCCCGGGUCGCUCAGGCAGAGGCGGCCCCGCAGGGGGCGCUGCGACGCGAGGGCUGUGGCUUCUGCAGCUGCGGGCGAAACCUGGGCUGUGUGCCCCCCACCCUUACUCAGGCGCCCUGGUGUCCCUCGGAGGUGCCAAGGAGGCCUGCUCCUCGGGCCUGUACACCCACAGUGGAGAGUGCUGCAAAGCCUGCAAUCUGGGCGAGGGGGUGGCCCAGCCUUGUGGAGCCAACCAGACCAUGUGUGAGCCCUGUCUUGACAGUGUGACAUUCUCUGACGUGGUGAGUGCCACUGAGCCAUGUAAGCCGUGCACCGAGUGCGUGGGCCUGCAGAGCAUGUCGGCGCCAUGCGUGGAGGCGGAUGAUGCCGUGUGCCGCUGCGCCUACGGCUACUACCAGGACGAGACCACCGGCCGUUGCGAGGCCUGCCGUGUGUGCGAGGUGGGCUCGGGUCUCGUGUUCUCGUGCCAGGACAAGCAGAACACCGUGUGCGAGGAGUGUCCCGACGGCACGUACUCCGACGAGGCCAACCACGUGGACCCGUGCCUGCCCUGCACGGUGUGCGAGGACACCGAGCGCCAGCUGCGCGAGUGCACCCGCUGGGCGGACGCAGAGUGCGAGGAGAUCCCUGGCCGUUGGAUUACACGAUCCACACCCCCAGAGGGCUCGGACAGCACAGGCCCCAGCACCCAGGAGCCCCAGGUACCUCCAGAGCAAGACUUCAUAGUCAGCACAGUGGCAGAUGUGGUGACCACAGUGAUGGGCAGCUCCCAGCCCGUGGUGACCCGAGGCACCGCUGACAACCUCAUCCCUGUCUACUGCUCCAUCCUGGCCGCUGUGGUUGUGGGCCUCGUGGCCUACAUCGCCUUCAAGAGGUGGAAUAGCUGUAAGCAGAACAAGCAAGGUGCCAACAGCCGGCCUGCGAACCAGACGCCCCCACCUGAGGGAGAAAAGCUCCACAGUGACAGCGGCAUCUCCGUGGACAGCCAGAGCCUGCAUGACCAGCAGCCCCACACGCAGACGGCCACAGGCCAGGCCCUCAAGGGGGACGGAGGCCUCUAUAGCAGCCUGUCGCUGGCCAAGCGGGAAGAGGUGGAGAAGCUGCUCAACGGCUCUGCGGGGGACACCUGGCGACACCUGGCAGGCGAGCUGGGAUACCAGCCUGAGCACAUAGACUCCUUCACCCAUGAGGCCUGCCCGGUCCAUGCUCUGCUUGCCAGCUGGGCUGCCCAGGACAGCGCAACGCUCGACGCCCUCCUGGCUGCCCUGCGCCGCAUCCAGCGAGCUGACAUUGUUGAGAGCCUGUGCAGCGAGUCCACAGCCACGUCCCCAGUGUGAGCUGACCUGGAAGCCCGUGCCCUGCCCCCACAUUCCGGCGACUGAUGCUCCAGCUAAUCCCAUGGGCCAGCGUCAGAGCUGAGCUCCUCUGGGCAGGGUGGUGGAGCCCAGGCCCCUGAACCACAGCCCUGUCCCUGCUCCUGUAGGGCUCCACUGCUGCCCGUCACUCUCCCUCUCUGGUGCCAGAGCGCCCUGCUGCCUCUCCCACCCUCCUCCUGCCCCAUCACUGUCUCCAGCCGACUCCCUUCUCCCCACACUUCCAGUAGGCCAGCCCCCUCACCUUAGCAGGUGUCCUAUCUGGGUGGCAGACACCAGGAGUGGUGUUGGGGGUCAAGACAAGGUCCCAGAGACUCAGAGGAACCAGAGCCAUGGACUCUACACUGUGAACUUGGGGCAUGAGGAGCAUCCCUGGGGCCUAAACCUUCCCUCAGUCCCCUACCCUGCCCCUCUGGCCUGGGAUGAAGAGGGUAAGAGGCUGUCAGAGCUGGAAGGGGGUUUUGAAGUCUAGGUUACCCCCCUCCUUUGUACACAGGACAGUGAGGCCCAGAGAGAGGUAGUGGCUUGCCCAAAGUCACCCUGCAAUGGGGAAGUCAGAUAUGGGCUGGCCCCCCAUCUCUGACUUAGGGGUACAGGCUUCAGGUUUGCUUGAAGGCUGGGAGAGGGGAAUCAGGGAAAUGUCUCUGGGAAGUAUCUCAAAAGCCAGAUCCAGUCUUUGCUCCAUCAUCUCCAAGCCUGUCCAACCUCUGUGGAGAUGGGAUGUUUCGCUCAAGGCCUGGUCUGUUGAUCCAUCACAAUCAAAGAUGGAUUUGAUCGAUCACAGCUUGGGGUUUGUGGAAGGGGGUACUGCUUCCCUCUGUCUGUCCCCCUCAGGCACAUCAGUGUGGCAUCUGUGGUGUGGCCCAGUCUGUAGGUGCCCUCCAUCCCCACACAGGAGUAUCUCCUCCUAGAGUCAGCCCUGAGAGUCGGGACUAAGACCCUCUCCCCUCCCCAGCUGGUAACAAACAGACUCACUGACACACACAGGAUGAGAAACCUUACUUUUCUCCCCGAGUUCUUCCUCUCCGGCUGGGCCCGGAUCCUGCCCAAGGUAGCUGCCAGAGAAGCAUCGAAGGGACUUGAACUCUGUCCGCUUUCUUCCCUCGCCCCCGGGUUUGGCGGGCCAAGGACGGCUGAGGCUCGAGCUGGCGUCUGUCUUCCAAGGGCCUGCACGUGGAGGAAUGCUCCCCCCAGCCUCCCCUCCCCUGCGAGUACGGGUUUGGCUGGGCCCCGCAGAUUGCAGUGAAGAAACGUGGACAAGUGUGGGAAUGAAGCAAAAAGGGACUGAAUUAGACUGUCGCCUGGAGAGGGUCUCUCCCAAGUUUAGAGGCUCUACGAAGGACUGGCUUUUUCUCUAGCUUGGUGCCAGAAAGGGGCCAUGAAGUCCCAUGAGGUCCCUCCUGGCAUGUUCUGUUUUGCUUGCUGUUGGAAUGAGUGUGGCACCCCCUCUAUUUAGCAUGAAUGAGCCCUGAGCUGGGUGUGCACUGACAGCCACCCCCACCCCUACCCGGAUUCUCCCAGCCCUCUAAAAGGGAGGGGAGCAUUGUAUGUAGAUGGCAUUUCUGUGACCUCAGUCUGUGAUGGGAGGAGGAAACUCACCUUCUGGCUGUGCUCACCUGUGCACCUGGGGAGCCAGACAGGAUUUGAGUCUAUUUAUUUUCUUCCCCAGCAGUUGGGGAGGGGGUUGGGAGGGUUGUAAGUAUGUCUUAGCAUGUGUUCUGUUCUGGGGCCCCUCCUGCCUCCCUUUGGGCUGAGAUGGAGCCCUUUUGGCCUCCCCAGCCUCUGGGCUAUGAGCUCCAGAUCCCCUGUCACUUCCCCCUCGCAUCCUGUGUAAUCAUUUCUUGGGACCUACACAUAAAACAUAAAUGAUGAACAUUAAAUAGCAAAGAGAAAAAUAAUGUAGAGAUUUUUCUGCAAACACGUGUGGUUUGAGCCAACAAGGGCUGUGUGUGGCAGGGACCCAGGUAUAAUUUGCAACUUGGUGAAUGCCUGUCCUAUUUCCCCCCACCCCAGAAAUGGGGAAGUUUUAAUAGAAACCCAGCAAAUUCAUAUGUGUAGUCAUGGAGUUAAUUUAAGUGGGUUAGGGAAGGAGUGGGGGCCCUUUGCCCCCAGACUUGGGAGAGAGAAAGUGAAAACAGCCAUGCAGGAAGCCAGCCAGCUGUGAACUUGACCAGAUGUCAGAAGUGAAACUGACCACAGGGGAGCCAGGAGGGCCAGGUCACAACCCCGUGGCUCCCAGCCACCCACAUGGCCUGGAACACACACACACACACACACACGCACACAUGGGAUCUGGCUCCAGACAGCCUGCGGGAGACGGGCUGGCUGGCCUGGAGUUAGGCAGUCCCCUCCCUCUUGGCCCUCCAGGGAAGGUCCCAACCCCAGCUCCUGCCAGCCUGGCUCUGAGCCUUGCCUGGCCAAGGAGCUGCCGGGUUCCCAGCCCCAGGCCUGUGCCCCUCUCUGGUCACUGGGCCAGGGCUUCUGGUGGG